UUUAUCAACGUAUCCACUCAGUGUCGGCUGCACCAGGGCCGUGGACAGGGACGUCACUGGAACGAGCCAACGGUCGAGACUACCAAGAAAAAAGAGAGAGUGCUGACUCACUGCACUCACGGUCACGGACUAGUUUGGGGAAUAGCAAGUUGCCCAGAGCACUGUGGCUACAAGCCAGCAAAGAAGUGGUUGAAGGACAAAAGUUUGAGGAAAGUCACGGUAUGGAAAAGGCGUGGAUGUACAAUGAUAGGGGCAAUGCACGAAGAAGGGCAUUAAAGACAGUCAGUAAACUGAUUGAAAAUGAGCUGGAUAGGGGAGGGAUGGUGGAUGCCAAUUUAGAGUUAGGUGAUUGUGUUGAUGAUUCAGAAGAAUCUGAGAUGCUAUUUAGUGAUGAAGAAAGUGAUCAGUGUCUUCAUGUUGAGGAAAAGGAAGUAUAUGAAGAGACUGUAGCUUCUGUUGAGGAUCUGCCUGAUCUUGGAGAACAGUGCAGUCAUAGUGAUGGUGAUUUGCGGAGCUCUCUGGCAGAUUGGGCAGUUGAAUUUGGUAUUUCUCUAAUAGCUCUGUCAGCGCUUCUCAGCAUUCUCAAAAUCUGCCAUCCCUCUCUGCCAAAGGAUGGACGAACACUGCUGAAAACAAAAACAUGCUACAACAUUAACAGUGUAGCUGGUGGUGUGUUCCACUAUUGUGGAAUUCUGAAUUCUAUCAGGAAAAUUCUAGAUAAAGUGUGGUCUACAGUGCCAGACGGACAUGCUUUUAAACUGCAGUUGAAUUUUGAUGGUCUGCCGCUUUGCAAGAGUACUAGUACACAGUUUUGGCCAAUUCUUGGUAUGUUGCAAAGAUACACCAAGAAACCAAUGUUGAUCGGACUGUUUUGUGGUACUUCUAAGCCAAAUUCGUUGGCCGAGUAUCUUCAUAAUCUGGUUCAAGAGUUGAAAAUGUUGAAAAGUGGGUUUCUGUUCAAGCAGAAAACCUUCUUUGUGAAUGUUGUUUCUGUUGUGUGCGAUACCCCAGCCCGAGCCUUCAUAAGAGGUGUGAAGUCACACACUGGAUACCAUGGGUGUGACAAGUGUCACCAAACGGGUGUCCGCAAAUCUAAUCGAAUGACAUUUCCUGAGGUCAAUGCAAGGCGCAGAACGGAUGACAGUUUUAGGCAAGCAGUAGAUGAGGAACAUCACAUCCAUCACUCGCCUCUUGCAGAUGUUGGCAUUGACAUGGUGGCUUGUUUCCCAUACGAUUAUAUGCACCUGGUUUGUCUGGGUGUAAUGAGGCGUCUCUUAGAUUUGUGGAUCAGCACCACUGGUCCUUUGCGCUGUCGCAUUUCAUCUAGUAUAGCUUCCAUGGUUACGGAUAGACUUCUUGCUCUGAAAAAUUACAUUCCCAGUGAGUUUGCUCGAAGGCCACGGGCACUGGCUGAACGAUAUAACUACAAUGAAGCAAGGCUUAAACUACCUCAGGCUGUCGAUCACACUGACCUUGGAAGUGACGGAGGGGACUUGCCAAUUAAAUUUAAAAGAAAAAGAAUACGCAAGAAUAUUCUUUUCCCUGGGGAAGACGAUGACGAGAUGGAAAGCACCCUGAAAGUCACAUUGCCCAAUGCUCCAAAGAUCCCUAGGCAGUACAAAACUCCUACAUUAAAGCCAGGGAAGCAAGGCCAGAACCUCCAGCCAAGUGGCAACAGCAGUCCUGACUUCCCACCAAGUGGCAACAGCAGUCCUGACUUCCCACCAAGUGGCAACAGCAGUCCUGACUUCCCACCAAGUGGCAACAGCAGUCCUGAGCCAAGCCCAAGUCAGCACUCCUGUACUUCCAAGUUUCCUUCAAGCUGUCACACCAACACUGAGAACCGGACGCCGAGGCACGCCAGCACCGAGAGCCGCCGGACGCCGAGGCACGCCAGCACCGAGAGCCGCCGGACGCCGAGGCACACCGAACGAUCUAUACUCCCAUCAAGGCACCCCGAGGCACACCAGACCAGGGAGCAGACAUCCAGUCUGCAAACUUCCCUUCUGCGUAGUAUAUUAACAAAACAGGAAAUGAUGAUGGACCAACUGCGCAUCAUCUUUAAGACCCUACAGGGUAUGAAAGCGACUGAUGAGGCAGAGAUAGGCCUGGAUCGAAAUUUGUUGCCCGUCAAAGACGUCAGUUCUCUUCAGAACCUGGAGGAACAACUGCAGAGUAUUCCUGACCUCCAGAAACAGUUGGUGAACACGCUGGCUCUCAAAGGGGGGACUGACAUUCGUGAGUGUGUUUGGAGGAUUAUGCACGCAAUGAUUACAAACUCCUUGGCGAAGAAUAUCAACAUGAGAGGAAUAAAUGGAAAGAUUGGCUUUCAGCGCCUACAGAUAAGAGAUGUUGUGAUUGCUGCUGUGAGGCGUAACCGUCUGACAUCUGGGGCCACGGACCAAGAAAUAGAUUCCACCAUCAAAAGAUGGCUUCAUCUGGCUCCGGAUAGGGAUGGUGGCAGGAGGGAGAGGAUGAGGAGAAAAGAGCGUGAAGAGAGCAGGACAGCAGUAAACAAUUUAAUGAACUGAAACAUGGCAUAGACAUGUGUGCAGAGUACAACGGGUUCAUGUACUGAAACAUAGCAUGGAUGUUCAGAAGUUGUUUUUUGUCAAGUGUUUCACAAGUUUACAAGUGCAAAACCGAACUGAAUUUCAGCUGGAACAGCGGGAGGCCAGGACUGUGUUUGUUAUCCUGGACGAAAGUUGUGUGCAGAGUACAACGGGUUCAUGGACUGAAACAUAGCAUGGAUGUUCAAAAGUUGUGUGUGUUUUACAAGUGCAAAAUCUAACUGAAUUUCAGCUGGAACAGCAGGAGGCUGGAUCCGUGUUUGCUAACCUGGACUGGGCUAAAACACUUAACCUGGUCUGGAUGUUGUGGGAAAUAAAUACCAUAAUUUCUGUGCCGGACAGAUCCUCACGCCAAACUAUGUUCAAAAAUCUUUUAUGUACAAGUGUUUUGUACAAGAAUUUCCUAUUUGUCUGUACAUUUUUACAAAUGCACUGCUGACGUGGGGGGGUUGAGGUGAGAGGAGAUAAGUGGAGGAGGGGACUGGAAAAAAGAGAGGAAGAGAUUGUCUGGCAAAUAAAAUUUACAGUUUUGAAAAUGGCUUGAUGUGGAAAAAUCAAUAAAUAUUUUUCAUAAAACGUCUGUAUUGAGGCUUUUUUUUUUGUUUGUAAUCUGGGCCAAAUACGGCAACUGUAUAAAAUUAAAGUGGCAUGGUGAAGGUUUAGUUGAGGCUGACAUGUGGAAACAGUGCAAAAAUCAGGUAUGGUCCAAAAUAGGGCCAGCUAUAGUCAUACAGUGGGCUGAGAUAUGGCUAUAUCAUGGGCCAUAUGUGGCCCGUGUUCUAGCUACCAGAUAUGGACCACUUGUGGACCGUAAUUCAUUGAUGUAUCUGGGCCGAGUCUAAGUGUGUUGUGUGGCCCGUCACUGGGCCAGACCAGUUUUGCUAUGUGGGUAGGGGCGUGGCUGCUUUCAUUGACAAGCUCCUCUCCCCGCUGUAAAUCCUAGCACUCGGUCCGCCGUCUGUUAGCCUCACUCAGCUAAUACACAGAACUCUGAGGCUCACCCUGUUGGAGCCGUGUGGACAUUUCUACAUGCAGAUACCGGAUGAAUAAUGGCAGGCUGUGCAGUUUAUUGGCAAAAGAACUUCCAGGAAGUCCGUGUUCUAGUUGGUGCUAAAGGAGCUGAUUGCAGAACCCUCCAGAUGUGAUUAGCUGUGUCCAACUCUUCAGGAAAUAACAACCCGAGGUUCCAGCUCUUCAGCUCCUGCUUUGCGAAGCCUUUUCUUUUUACUCACAAAACCCGAACACAACUGAUGUGAAAUUAUGACACUAGGUUGUUAUCAACAGAUUCAGAUAAAGAAUUUCCCCUCGGGGAUCAAUAAAGUAUUUCUGAUUCUGA